CCCUUUCUCUUUCAAUAAAUUGGUGCUCAAGCAGGAAGACCUUUCCCCUACGCUCAUUGCUCGUAGGGUAAGUCCAUGUCUGAGCAGCAAAAUUUGGGGCCGUCUGAAUAAGCAACACAGCUAGGGACUGAAGGAAGGAGCAGCCAGCCAAGCGUGCUCCAGCAGUUGAGGCCACAGGACAGGACGGGUGGACGUGAUCAGUGGGACCUGAUACUUCCUUGCCUGCCAUGGGGAAAGGAGCUCAAGAGAAAAAUCACCCAGAGCAAGAAGAAGUGCUGAACCCUCCAAGAGGGGAGGAAGACCCUCAGGACACAGCGGUGGCCCUGCACCUAGGGAUGCCUGUGGAUCCUGUGCCCACAGGCAGUGAAAGGACCCGAAGAUGCCUGGGCAAAGUGUGCACAACCAGCAGACAGCGUAUCCUGGCUGGAGCAGUGAUCGUGGUGUUGACUUGUGUCAUCGUUGGGCUAUCAGCAGCCAUGCAGGGGCAGAAGACAGCCCCGGUGCUGGUGUGCCCUUACGAAUGGGUUGGGUACCGCAACACCUGCUACUACCUGUCGGGGUGGCAUGAGCAAGGCAGCUGGGACUGGAGCCAGGAGCAGUGCUCGAGACACGGGGCCUCGCUGGCCAUGGUGACGAGGGACUGGGAAUUGGACUUUCUGAGGGUCCUCAAAGGUAAUGUGGAUUCUUGGCUUGGGCUGCGGAGACGGGGUGAACAACUGCUGUGGGUGGAUGGCAGCAGCUUCAAUUUGACGUUCCCGGUGCAGGGCGGUGCAGAGUGCGUCUACUUGAAUGACAACGAAGUCCUGACCUCAAGCUGUUGGCAGAGCCGGCCUUAUAUCUGCAGCAAGCCCCUGGCUGUGGGGGCAGCUCCUGAGAAAGGUGGUGGAUAAAGGACCUUCCCCGUGCUGGGCACUGGCGGAUCCUCUCAUUGAUGAAGGAUGAUGCUCUUCAGAAUUCCUUUAAAGCAUUUGUGUCCGUGGUUUUGAGAUCACAAAUGAAGCUUGAUGACUAAGGAGGGAACCAUGAGCAAGAGGUGCUGACUAACAUCAGUGCUGAACAAGACCCAAACCUUAUAGACCAGACCUGGGUCUGCUCUUCUCCACAACAGCUGGAAGAGCAUCGACCACAUUGCACUUUGUUGUACUUGUUAUUAUGUGAAUAUGGACAAAAUGAUUUUUCAAGCUCCCUUCCAAUUCCUAACAUUCUGUGAUUCUGUAAUAUAUAUGUCCAUAUGUCCAUAUGUAUUUAUGUAUAUAUGUAUAUAUGUACUAUGUACAUUCAUGUAAAUAGAUAUUUGUAUCAUAGUCUGAUUAAAAAGUUGAAUAGGAAAA